GCUCACUCUCCAUUGCACUCCUCUCCACUACGACAUGCACUACCCAUCCGCCACUCUCUCCAGACAAAGACCACGACAUGCAUGCCUCCAGAUCUGUUCUGUGCGUCCACCCCAGGUCCACGUCCUGAAUCCUCGUCCCUGUUUCAAUUUUCGCGCCUCCCUGUGUCCAUUUCAACGCCCGGCGCACGCCGACAGCCCGGGCACGGCGCCGCAGCGCCGCAGCUAUUCAUGCUACAGUAUGCGGGCCACUGUAUCGCCGCCACGCGGGAGGGCAUGUGUGGUGGCAUAUAUGGCGUAUGGCGGCGGGGUAUGAGGCCUGCGGCCUGCAUGACUGAGCAAGAGUGUGCAAAAGUCUGGGCCUCGAUCUAUAUACUCCCACCUGCAUUGUCGUCCGGGUUUAGGGUGGUAUGCUUGUGCUCGUGUGCUCGUGUGCGCCAGAGGAGUGCGGCGCCAAGGUCUCGAUGCCACAGCCCAAGACAGCACUCUACCUCUAGCAUGCUUGCGUACUUGCGUACGCGCACGUCGUCUGCUUCCAUCUUCCCACCGGAUUUGCCGAGUACAUUCGCUAUGGAUGGACACGGCACAAGCUCGACGCGACGAAGAACAGUCGCGUCGGCCAGAAGAGGCAGGCACGUUUGAUCUAUUUCACAACCGCCGGAAUGCACACUCGAUCGGUUCGAGAACAUGUGACCACCGGCCGCGCUGUCACACAUGUACAGG